AUGUCAGCUAAACAACAAAGUGAAGAACGUGAGGUUUUGUCGCAAGAAUGGCUAUUUAGGGUUUCGGUUUCAAAUAUCGGUCCCAAAGAAAAGGUUUUUAUAUCAGGAAGUACGUUGGAACUUGGUGAGUGGGAUUACACAAAAGUUGUUCCUCUUGAACAGCAUGAUGGUUCUGAUCUGUGGAGUAAACAAAUAAUAAUACCAAAUACCUGCGACGUAUUUUAUCGUUACGCCAUAUGUCUAGUCAAUGAAGAGUCUAAAGAUUUAAUUGUGCAAAGAUGGGAAGCAAACAUCCAUCCUAGAGUUAUUAAAGAAAACAUGCAAAAAUCUAUUACCGAUGUCUUUGGUGAAUAUGAUGGCAAACAAAGAAUUACAAGAGGUUGGCUUACAACUCAGACAUUAGUGCAAUUUAAAUUUGUUAACAAUCCCUUGAAACUGAAGAGCCGUCUCUCAAGUAGAAUAAUGAAAAUAAAAGUUACACCAGUAAACUUGUCUUUUGGAGCUGAAGCGCAUCUUGAAGAUUCCCAAAGUAACGAUACAACGGAUGUAGAAAUUCCAAUAGGGGUAAAUGUUGAAGUAUCUACUUUUGACAAUGACCCUCAGAUUUGUCAAUUACAACCUCAAGAACAAUUUGGAAGAGAAUAUAAGCCUAAUGACAUACUUCUAAUAAAUAUAUAUGCUCCUAAUCACAAGUUAUUAGCAUAUCUUAUAGAUUUUUAUUCAUAUAGUAGCCAUGCUGCUAUUGAUUAUCCUCCAUACCAUGUUGGUUAUACAUAUGUAUUACCAAAUAUGUUUAAGCCAUCUGAAGGUUUCCUAGAGUUACCAGUGACUUGCAAUGUUAAACACAGGCCUCUGGGUACGGUGAAUUUUGAAUAUUUAAUUAUACAUCCAAUGAAAGAAAAAAUAUGUGACUUGCAAGUUUCCUAUGCUAAGCAUUGGGAUCCAACUUGGAAAGGUUUAGAAGUUGGACAUCGAGGUUUAGGGGCCAGUUUUAAAACUAAAGAAGGAAAUGCUAUUCGUGAAAAUACAAUAGCUUCUCUAAAAAAAGCUGCAGCCAGUGGUGCUGACUUACUAGAAUUUGAUGUUCAGCUAAGUAAAGACAUGAUUCCAGUUAUAUAUCAUGACUUUCAUGUUUGUAUUUCAAUGAAAAGAAAAAGGGAAGUUGAUUUUGCAGAGAUGCUAGAAUUACCUGUGAAGGACUUAACUUUGGAGCAUCUGCAGAAACUUAAGGUGUACCAUUUAGUUGAAGGUCGAAACCAUGAAAUUCUAUUUUUUGAUGAAGAUUUAGAAGAACAUCAACCCUUUCCAACAUUAGAAGACACUCUGAAAAGCAUUGACUUGCAUGUGGGAUUCAACAUUGAACUAAAAUGGACAAUGGAACUAAAUGAUGGUACAUUUGAACUGAACAAUCCAUUUGAUAUGAAUGUUUAUGUAGACAAGAUAUUGGAAGUUGUUUUAAAGCAUGCGGGUGAACGGCGGAUUGUGUUUUCGUGUUUCAAUCCUGAUAUUUGUACCAUGGUUCGCCAAAAACAGAAUAAAUAUCCAGUUAUGUUUUUGACUGUUGGUAUCACAAGCAAGUAUCAGCCAUACAGAGAUCCCCGAUGUUUAACUAUCCCUGCUGCUGUUCAGAAUGCUAUUAGUUCUGAUAUUUUAGGAAUAGUUGUUCAUACUGAAGACUUGCUCAGAGAUCCUACGCAGGUGAAAUUAGCAACUGACGCCGGACUAGUAAUUUUUUGUUGGGGUGAUGAUAAUAAUGAUAAAAAUACCAUCAAAAAACUCAAGGAGAUGGGCUUACACGCUGUGAUUUAUGACAAACUAGAUCAGUACACAACCAAAGAAGUUAAGGAAAGCAUAUUCUUGAUGGAGGCUCGGGAAUCGCAGCGAGAGCUUAUAAAAAUGGCUGCAAUUGAAGAUAUGCCGACUUCUGGAACUUCAUCUUCAUCACAAAAUAUUCAUGAUCCUGGACCUCGAGCAUUCUUAGAUCUUUCCAUGCGCAACAAUUUAAAAGAACAUUCCACCGUUACGUCAUUAGAAUCUCUUGCAUCUUCCAUUGAUCUUAAGGACGAUUUAAGUGAAAGAAGUUUGAAACGCAACAGGGAUAUAAUUAUGAGCAUAGAUAAGGAAUCCCAAGUAAAAGAACAGAGACAUUCUUUUAAAGGAUUCAUGUACGUCAAGAAAUUAAGGAUAUUUUGCAAAUAA